AUGGUUGGCAUGGACCGUAACCUAAGCAACAAUGAGGUGAAUGAAUCCGGUGAAAACAGACAUCAGUUUCAAACUGAAGAAGAACUUUUGCAUUCAAUGGGUUACAAACAAGAAAUGAAUAAGACAAUGUCUACAAUCUCUAAUUUCUCAAUUGCUUUUGGCUGUUGCUCCAUUCUUUCUGGUCUUACUCCUCUAUGGGGUGAUGCUAUGGCUGCUGGUGGAUCCGUUUCCGUUAUAUGGGGUUGGAUUCUCGUUUCUGUCUUUACUUUUGGAGUUGGCCUUUCAUUGGCUGAAAUCUGUUCUGCUUAUCCUAUUACUGGUGGUUUAUACAUUUGGGUAUCUAAGCUUGCUCCCCCGAAUGGGUUCCCAUUAUGUGUUGUCGCAAUUACAUCUGCUGAUAUUGGUCUUGCACAAUUCAUUUCAUCUAUUGUUAACAUUAGUGACCCUACUAAUAAGCCUACCAUUUAUUGGGAAUAUGGCAUUUUUAUUGUAAUUGCUGUUGUCCAUGGCCUUAUUAAUUCUAUAAGUGUCAAAUACAAUGGCUUCUUUAACCAAACUUCUUUGUAUUGGCAUCUUAUUGGCACUCUUAUCAUUGUCGUUGUCGGUCUUGUCUUGACACCCAACAAACCUGAUGCUAAAUGGGUGUUUACUUAUUUCGAAAAUGAAACUGGUUUUUCUUCUGGAGGUUAUGCGUUUUUAAUUGGUCUCUUGCAAUGUCAAUAUACCCUCUCUGGAUUUGAUAGUGCUGCACACAUGUCUGAUGAAACUCAAGACGCUGGUCGUAGUGCUCCUCGUGGUAUUCUUUAUGCUAUUGGAACAGCAGCUCUUGUUGGUUUCAUGUUCUUGCUCUCUGUCAACUUUUGUGUACAAGACUUUCAAUCGCAAAUCAUUGAUACGGAUAUCAGUCCCACUAUGGUCAAGGUCUUUUUGGAUGGUGUUGGCUAUCGAUGGACAGUUGUCUUUACGACUAUCAUUAUGGGUGCCAUGUUCUUUUCUGGUUCUGCUUUGACUUUAGGUAGUUCUCGAAUGGUAUACGCUUUUGCCAGAGACGGUGCCAUGCCAUUCUCCAGCCAUCUUGCCAAAAUCAAUCAAAAGACAAUGACUCCUGUCUGGGCUGUUUGGUUCAACAUUGUAUUUGCCAUUGUCGUUGGUAUCUUGUACAUCAUUAACGAAACAGCCUUUAAUGCUAUCGUUUCUGUCAAUACCAUUGCUUCUUCCAUGGCCUAUUUCAUUCCUAUUGCUCUCAAAGUGUUUGUUGCAAGAAAGAUCUUUGUUCGUGGUCCUUUCCAUUUAGGUCCUUUUUCUGAUGUCAUUAAUGUCAUCAGUCUAUGUUGGAUCUUAUUGACCUCUGUUCUAUUUAUCUGCCCUACUGAAAAUCCUGUUACGCCCGAUAAUAUGAACUAUGCUAUUGUAGUAUUUGGUGGUGUCAUUAUUCUUUCUGUCUUGUACUAUCACUUUCGUGCUCGUAAAUGGUUCCAUGGUCCUGGUAAAAGUUUGGAGCAUGAUCCUCAAUUGGAUGGUCUUCCAGUCGAGACUGCUGCUGACGAUACCAAGCAAUCCAACUUCAAAUAUGACACUUCUAGUCAAAGCAGUGACAGCGAUAAUGAUGCUGUCAAAAAGUACAAAGUCAAUCAAGUUGAACGUGUCAAUUAA